UAUUUUAUAUGUCUAUGGUACAUAUAUACAAAUGUAGUACGCGUAUGAUUGUAUCUUGUAUCUUGUAUUUACUGAUGUCUGCCGGCCUGGUAUUGGCAUUACAUUUUAUCGUGCAAUCGUGUGAUAUCGCUUGUAGUUUGUUUUAUAACUGUGCGGUCGUUUGUUACUUAUAGAGAAUAGUAAAUAAUUGUUUCUCGUUGGUUUAUUAAGCAGUGUUAAUUAUUGUGAAACUACGUCGAUUAAUUAUUGGAUAAUUUGGUUAACUCAGUCUUCUUUGUCUGUUAUUAUAGAAUCAGAAUUUUGAGAUAACUGGUAUUGGACCAUUGGCGUCUUUUUAAUUGCAAUGUUCACACAGUGGUUUAGGAUAUUUAAGAUAGGCUGCGUCAAUAUGAUUCACAAAGGACCACGUCCAUUAGUAUUAUGCGGCCCUUCGGGUUCUGGAAAAAGCACUUUGAUAAAGCGAUUGUUUGAUGAAUUUCCUGAUACCUUCAAAUUUUCGGUAUCUCAUACGACUAGAAUGCCUCGACCUGGCGAAGAAGAUGGGACGCACUAUCAUUUUACAAAUAAAGAGAAAAUGCAAGAACAAAUCAAGAAUGGCGAGUUUAUUGAAUCUGCUACAUUUAGUGGAAAUCUAUAUGGCACGAGCAAACAAGCAGUUGAAGAAGUACAACGUCUAGGAAAGAUAUGUGUAUUAGACAUUGAUAUACAGGGUGUAAAACAAAUAAAAUGCACCCAUCUUAAUCCCCUUUAUAUAUUCAUAAAACCGCCAUCUGUCUUGGAGUUAGAACGGCGAUUGAAAGCUAGGAAUACAGAAACCGAAGAAUCGUUACAACGCAGAUUAACAAUUGCCAAAACUGAACUAGAAUAUGGUGAAACACCAGGUAACUUUGACAUUAUCAUAGAAAAUGAUAAUUUGGAAAAUACUUAUGAGAAUUUACGCAACUUUAUAUUGGCUAAUUUUAAUCUACAAUGCAAAACAGUAGGACAUCCUGUAUAUCACACAAGUAUUUUUAUUAUAAAAAUCUACAUCAUAAUCACAAAUAUGAUGAUACAUAUAAUAAUUGAUUUUUUAUAAAAAUAUUUUCAGUCGAAACGAGUUAGUCUGAAGUGAUAUAUAAUGAAGAACUGAUAUAUAAUGGAUCAUAGGAUUAUUCAUAUAUCUGGACACAGCAAAUAAAUUUAAAUUAUAUCUUGACGAAAUGCUUAGAAAUUAUUAUUUUAAAUACAUUUAAUCAGUAUAAUUAAAAUAUGAAUGUGAUUUAUGAGUCAAAACUAGAGCUAAUGUGAACUUAUGUAAUGUACUCUAUAUUGUAUCUUCACGUUCGCAUAUCUAUAUUUGCCAUAUUUUAAAUUACCGAAAUUUUUAAUUGCAAUAGUUGCUGCAUCGCGUAUUUUUGUUAUAGUAAAUUUAAUCUGGUAAUUAUAAAGCAAAUUAUGAAAGAGUUCCAUUCUAAUAUUGGUGCAAUAUCACACUGAAUAUAUUGCUGAUUUCUCUUCAUUAAAAAUAAAAGAUCCACUUUUUUAUAGAAGUAAGAGAAACAUUUUCAAAAUAGAAUUUUAGCUUAAUAUUCAAAAAGUAAUUUAAAGAGAUAAACGUAGAAUUUUAGCUGUAGCUAACUGAGACUAUUCACCAAAAAAGGUUGUGUUCCAAUAGAGUAGGCUAUCUGUAAAAUAUACUUGCGAUUUCGUACUUAUCUUCGUGAUAAAAAUAUCAUACAAUCAUAAUAUAGUCACUUCUGUUUUAUAUCAUGACAGUAUCAUAUGAUCAUGCCAAGUACUUAGAAUUAAGAUUAUAAAAAGGAUAUGUAAACAUUCCUAUAAAAUCUGCAUUUGCGGUCAUAAAUAAUUAUUUAUAUUUUUAUUACAAAGUUGUAAAGAAAAAAUAUUUUUCUCAAAUUAGGUAAAACUGCAUGCUUGUUUUACUGUACGUGUGCAGUUUGAAAACUAAUAGUUUAUAAAGUUUGAUAGUUUAUAGUUGUGUUCGAUUUAAAAUCGAUAUAAUACGUAAAAUAUUCAUUAGCUCCUGAUUAUAGCAUAGAAAAAUAAUGAUAGAAUAUUAAGCCGAAUUACAUUAACAAACUAAAUUUGCUCCUGCGUUUUAAAAUAACAUGUUAUAAAUAAAGAAAAAAAUUUCUUUACUUACAACUAACGUUAACCGAUGUAUUAGUGCGAUUGACAUAGAAAUAAGUCGCGGAAAACACAUUUUAUUGUAGAUACGCUAUUACAGAAAAUAUAUGAUGUUACGCAUGUAUAUAUUCUCUCAAUGGUAUAUAUAUUCAAUAAAUAGUUUGAGAUA